AUGCAUAUAGUGACAUGUGCUGCCCCGGUGAAUAUUGCCAUUGUAAAAUACUGGGGCAAACGGGAUGAGACGCUAAUGCUUCCAUUGAAUUCCUCUCUUAGUGUAACGCUAAAUCCAGUUCAGCUGCGUGCAAAGACCACGGUAGCCAUAAGUAGAGAAUUUGACAAGUCCCGCAUGUGGUUGAAUUCAGUAGAACAAAACAUUGACAAUCCAAGGCUUCAGAAUGUUUUUCGAGAGAUCAAACAGCGAGCUUAUCGAUGUCAUAGUGAAAAGAAUAAUUGUGGUAAUAGAGAGGACAUGUUGAAUUGGCACAUUCACAUAUGUUCUGAAAACAAUUUCCCAACUUCAGCAGGACUUGCUUCUUCUGCAGCUGGUUAUUCAUGUUUAGUUUCAGCUUUGGCUUAUUUGUUUGGAGUUGAUGGAGAAAUUUCAGACAUUGCAAGACUUGGUUCAGGCAGUGCAUGCCGUAGCAUGUAUGGUGGUUUUGUUGAGUGGGACAUGGGACGUUGCAAUGAUGGCUCUGAUUCUGUUGCCCGACCUGUAGCCUCGAAUGAACACUGGCCAGAGUUGCGGGCUUUGAUUUUGGUUGUUACUGAUGACAAUAAGAAAACAAAAAGUACUGAAGGCAUGCAGAAAAGUGUUAAUACAAGUGAACUGCUUAAAACAAGAGUUGAACGAAUUGUGCCACACAGAAUCAAUGAGAUUAAAGAAGCAAUCAGAGAUAAGGAUUUCGAUAGAUUUGCAGAAAUUACUAUGAAGGAGAGCAAUCAGUUACAUGCCGUUUGCUUGGAUACAUUUCCUCCAAUUGAAUAUUUGACGGAAGUUUCGCGCAGAAUCAUGAAUUUGGUACACCGUUUUAAUAAACUCUGUGGUCGGACUAAGGUUGCCUAUACAUUUGAUGCAGGUCCAAAUGCUUGUCUUUUCUUACUGGAGGAAGAUGUUCCUCGAGUGCUCUCUUUAAUUCGUCACUUCUUCCGUCCUGUCAACAGUUGCUUUGAGUCAUUCAUUCAUGGCUUACCAAUUGAAGUCCCACGAGUGACAACGGAUGAUGUUCUUACAAUUUCCAUGGGAAUCAUGCCAGAUACAAUUCAAUAUGUAAUCUAUACUAAUGUUGGAUGCGGUCCUCAGAGGUUGGAUGACUGUGACCAUUCACUCCUGGAUGAAAAAGGUUUUCCUAAGCGCUGUAGAUGA